AUGACCAGCCCUGACUACGCAAGGAACAACUUCUACGAAGAUCUGCAUGCCAUCCUGGCGAAUGUGCCGAAGGCAGACAAGCUGAUUGCCCUUGGUGACUUCAACGCCCGCGUCGGCACAGACCAUGCUGUCUGGAGAGGAGUGCUGGGUUCCCAUGGUCUCUACAGCUCCAAUGGCAAUGGCCUACUCCUCCUAAGAACCUCCGCAGAACACCGCCUCAUUCUGACCAACACCUUCCGCCAUCCGACGCGAGAGAAAGCCACCUAG